CCUCUGUCAUUAAUAAUCUGAUCGGGUUACCAAAAUCAUGGUCGGGAUACCAGACGCCUAUAAAAAAGGAUUACUUUAUAAUUGUAUUAAUGUUUGAUAGAUGGAGUUAUCAUAUUGUACGUUGUGGUUCAUUGAUAUAUUUUAACUUGUUCUUCUUCUACAAAUCAUAUAUAUAUAUAUAUAUAUCCAAUGAAAUUAGUUAUUAUUAAUUACAUGUACAGUCACACAUGCAGUAAUUAAGUGUGGUUGUAAGUUAACAAUUAGGAGUGAUCCAGUUAAAUUAAUUAAGGGGGUUUUGGGCGCCACCGGCGUUUUGGUUUUUCAAGAAUGUUUCACUACGUACACUAGCUAGCUAGAUUUGUUUGUGUGUGUGUUAUUAUAUAUAUAAGCUAGGCCGGUAUACAUAGAGAGAGAUAGAGAGAGAGAGAUCGAGUGAUUCAGUACUACUGAAAAAGAAAACAGCUAGCCUUUCAAUUUAUACGCAUUAAAUUAAGUUAUUAGGACGGAAUUACGAGUAUAUUUAUAUAUAUAUGAGAGUUGAGAGUGAUUGAUUCAAGUAUCUAGGUAAUUAAGAUAGACAAUAAUUAAGCAGCAGGAGUAGUCAUCCAUCGAUCGAUCACUAUGUUUAAUGGAGGAGGAGGAGGUGUCCCAUCAUCAUCAUCAGUUGAUCAUCAUCAGCAGCAGCAACAGCAAUUUCACCAAUUUAUUACUAGUAGUAGUAUAAUAUCAUCAUCAUCAUCAAUAGCAGCUGCUGCGAGAAUCAUCAUCCCAAAUAAUAAUAAUAAUAUGAUGCCCCAAACAAAUUCAUCAAUUGCAAUUCAUCAAUCAAAUUCUUCUUCUACUUGUACUACCUCCUCCUCCCCAGCAAACUUAAAUAGUAGUAGUUGUAAUUUUGUAUCUUUUGAUCAUCCAGUCUUAUUCCCACCUUAUCUGCUUCCUCCUCAGCAUCCACUAAUUCCUACUACUACUACUACUACUAAAGAACAACAACAUCAAGACCUUUUUCAUCAUCAUCACCCCCCCGCCUCUAAUCAAUUGAUUCUAAGACCACCACCGACACAUCACCAUCAGUACAAUAAUAAUGAUGAUGAAAUUAGGAAUAAUAAUGGUGAUCAUCAUGAUAUGAUCAUCAAGGAGCAUCAUCAGCUGGAGGCGGAUGAAGAUUCAUGGUCGAAUGAUGAAGUCAUACAACUUUUCAAGAUCAAAUCAACUACUACUACUACUGCUACUGAUCAUCAUCAAAGUAGCCCUACUUGCAGCUGGUUUAGGCCGCCGCACCCGGAUGAUCAUUUACACACAUGGGACCAUGUUUCCAGGAAGCUAGCCGAGAUGGGGUAUAAAAAAAGUGCAGAAAAAUGCAAAGACAAGUUUGAAGAAGAAACUUGCAGGAGUUUUGGUGGUGGGUACAACAAAAACACCACCAGCAGCAGCAGCAGCUAUUUGAUUGCUGAAGAACUUGAUGAACAUCUCUACAGUAAUAAUAAUGAUACUCACGGCCAAAACUCUCACCCCCCUGUCCCCCCCAUUCAUAAAUCACCUGAUCAUAAUGUCAUUGACCACGAACAAGUGCCACAAGUAGAUGAUGAAAAGGAGGGAGAAGGUGGAAAUCUUGAAGCCCAGGGGCAAAAAGAUCAUUUUGACAAGGACCCACCUGCUGAGAUAAGGGUUGAAACAACUCAAGAUGAUGAUGAUGAUGAAGUGGCAAAAAAGAGCAAGAAGAGGAAGAGAAAGCACAAGAAGUUCAAGAUGGUCAAAGGGUUGUGCGUCGAGUUGGUAAAUAGAAUGAUGGUCCAUCAGGAAGAAAUGCACAGAAAGUUACUCCAAGACAUGGCGAUUUGGGAUGAAGAGAAGAUCAAGAGGGAAGAAGCCUGGAGGAAUGAAGAAUUGGACAGGCUUCAGAGGGAAAUUCAAAUCCGGGAACAGGAACAUGAGAUGGCAAUAAAUAGGCAAUCUACCAUCACAGAGUUCCUCAACAAGAUCACAUCUUUUGACCAAAUCCCUUCUGAUAUAAACUUACAAGACCUUUAUAAUAUUGCAACCAACAUCGAGAGGCCAAUACGUUUGAGCGGAACUACCAAAACAUCUUCUGCGGAGAAGUUCACUGGAAACCGUAAUCAGGAUCAUCAGAAAGAUGACCUGGGGAAGAGAUGGCCCCGAGAUGAAGUUUUGGCAUUAAUAAACAUGAGGAGCAAGGUGAACAGUGGUAAUAGCGAGGAACAUCAGGGCAAUGACAAAGGCGGAGGUUCGUUAUGGGAGAGGAUUUCACAAGGGAUGUCAGAGGUUGGAUACCAAAGAAGUGCAAAGAGGUGUAAAGAGAAGUGGGAGAAUAUAAACAAGUAUUUUAGGAAAACAAAAGAUGCAAACAGGAAGAGGUCGUUGGAUUCAAGAACCUGUCCGUAUUACCAUGAGUUAAACAAACUGUACAACCAAGAGAAGUUAGUGUCAGAUGAGCCAGAAAAUUGCCAUAGACCCACUACUACACCACUAAACUAAUGGGGCUCACCGACGAUCAACGAAAUAGAGGGUCAACUCUCUGUGCGGUUCAAGGAGAGGGGUAAUGAUUAGACUUUUUUAAUGUUGGUGUGUCUUUUCGCUUUUAUAGAUAAGAGUACAUUUUUGAUGUUUAUCCUGCAUUAUGUUAGCAAAUUUUUGUUUGAAUUAUAUUUUUGUUUGGUUGACAUGAA